AUGCGCUCGCGCUACGGCGUCGCGUACGAGCCCGAGGGCGGCUGGGCGCCGCAGGAGGACGCCAUCUCAUACGCGGACCUCGAGGCGGGCGUGGGCGACAUCGCCUCCUUCUCGCGGGGCGACUCGGUGACGGGGACGGUGCUCGGGUUCGAGCCCAACGGCGUGCUGAUUGACAUCGGCGUCAAGUCCUCCGCCUACUGCCCCAUCGGCGAGGCCGCCCUCGAGAAGCCCAUGCGGCCCGAGGACGUCUUUGACCUCGGCGCGUCGUAUGAGUUCCUGAUCGUGUCUCGCGAGGACGAGAACGGGCAGCAGCUGCUCUCGCGCCGGAAGAUCCUGACUGCGUGGGACCAGGUCUCGGAGAUGAUGGCCGCGGACAAGGCCGUCGAGGGCACCGUCGCCGCCGUGAACCGCGGCGGGGCGAUAGUGACGGUGAGUGUCACAUCUCCCCCACAUCUCCCCCACAUCUCCCCCACAUCUCCCCCACAGGAGCUCGUCGGGCAGCCGCUCAAGGUCAAGUUCCUCGACGUCGACCGCGAAAACAACCGGCUGGUGGUGUCGCACCGCAAGGCGAGAGGGACCCGAACGAUCAACAACCUCAACGUCGGCUCCGUCCUCGCCGGCGUCGUGACCGCCGUCAAGCCCUACGGCGCCUUCGUCGACCUGGGGGGCAUGUCUGGCCUGCUGCACAUCUCUCAGAUCUCGUGCGACCACAUCUCGGACGUCGCGUCGGUGCUGCCGCUCGGCGCGCCGAUCAAGUGCAUGGUCAUCUCUCAGGACAAGUCUAAGGGGCGCGUCGCCCUGUCGACCAAGACGCUCGAGUCCGAGCCGGGAGACAUGCUCAAGAAGCGCGAGAAGGUGUUCGAGGAGGCCGAGGCGACGGCGGCCAAGUACCAGGAGAGGCUGGAGGCGGAGCGCAAGGCGCGCGAGGCGGCGGCGCAGGACGGCGAUCUUUUUCUUUUUUAUCGUUUGUGUUUCUUUUGUAGGCGCGCGAGGAGGCGGCGCAGGACGUCAUCUUUGGGCUCGAGUCGGUCUUCGUCGACGAGCCGGCCAACGAGGCGGACGCCGACGCGCCGAGCCCCGAGCCCGCCGCCGAGAACUAGACGCCGCGGAGGAGGAGAGGGACGGGGGAUAUGGCGCAGCCACGGCGCCGGCGCUCCUUGUGUGCAUGGCUCCCCUCACCCCACCCCCAAGCCGAUGGGCUGGGCGGGAGGAGGAGGGGGGGGAUGGCGGAGGCGGAGAGACGAGAGUCGCUCGAGGGUGUACUAUGCAGCCGGGGCCGAUGGGCGGCAUGCUCAUGGCUCACAUGCGCGCGAGCACAUGCCGAUAUGA